ACCACCACCUUUGCAUUCUCUUUUCCCACCCGUUUCUCCAGUUCUGUCCCUCUGGUCUCAGUCUCAGUUGGAUAACGGAAAUGUCAACAGCCGCUACACGCUUGCCGGGGAAAUGGCUCUCAAGAAUUUCAGAAACCGUGAUUUCUCUUGCCAGUGCAAUCGUGUUCUUCAUUCUCGACAUCAUCGACGUUGUAAUGUGCGUGUUCUUCAGGGCUUUUGAUGAGUUCUUGGAAGGAACAUCGCCGUCUUGCUACUGCAUGGAAAGAGGAGGAGCUCAGGAAGAAGAAAAGAGGGGCUUAGAUUCUGUUGGAGUUGAUGGGGAGUGUGAGCCAUCGGAGAGCCUUCGUGGAAGGAAAAACGUGUUUAGGAGACUGAGAUUCAGACCAAGAAUUUGGAGUAAAGAAGGCGGAUUUCGUGUGGGGAAGAGGAUGAGCAGGUGGUCUGAUUGUGGAUGUGAAUCUUGUCUUUCUUGGAUGAGCAGUGGAAGUGAUUCCAGGCUUCAUGUUGUUGUCAAAGAGCAACAAAGAGCCAGGCUGGAGAACAGUUCUGGAGUAACAACCGUGCACAAUGUAAUAUUCAUACAUGGUUUCCUCUCAUCUUCGUCACUCUGGACAGAAACCAUAUUCCCUAAUCUCUCUGAGUAUUCUAAGCAAAACUACAAGUUAUUUGCAGUAGACCUAUUGGGAUUCGGUAGAAGUCCAAAGCCGAGGGAUUGUUUAUAUACGCUAAGGGAUCAUCUAGAAAUGAUUGAGAAGUCGGUUAUCCUUCCGUUUCAUGUGAAAUCCUUUCACCUGGUUGCACACUCCAUGGGUUGUGUGAUUGCACUGGCGUUAGCCGCUAAGUACUCCGACUCCGUUAAAUCCGUAACUUUGACAGCUCCACCUUACUUCUCUUCUUCAAAAGGGGAUGCUAGCUUACAAGCACUUCAUAAACUCGCCACAAGACGAGUAUGGCCUCCACUACUCUUUGGUUCAGCUUUCAUGUCAUGGUACGAGCACCUAGGCAGAUGCGUGUGUUUCCUUAUAUGCCGGAACCACAGAACAUGGGAGUCCAUCUUAAAGCUACUCACCGGUAGAAGGGAACUUCAUUUUCGGAUCAUGGAUUUGACUCGCCACACUCAUCAUUCGGCUUGGCACACAAUGCAUAAUGUCAUCUGCGGUGGAGCAAGAUUCUUGGACAAGUACUUGGAAAUCUUGAGGGCUGCCGGAGUAAAGAUUCGUGUCGUCCAGGGGACUGAGGAUCAAGUCGUGCCGAUGGAGUGCAGCCACAACAUGAAGGUGAAGGCUCCGGAAACAGAGCUUGAGAUUGUAGCAAAUGCCGAUCACAACACUGUAAUUUUAGGUAGAGCUAAGGAUUUCACCAGGAAUUUGGAGAGUUUAUGGGCAUCAGCUGGUAAGAAUGUUGCAGAGCAGGUGGAUGAUCAUGUGGGGCAAGAAGUGCACAAGUGAUUAUAAGGCCUGAAAUUUUACAUUAGUUUGAAUAUUCUAUUUUAAAAUAGUAUUGCAUUUUGUA